GUAGACAAUUGAUGAUUACGAAAGUGUGAAUAUCUGGAAGUAAAUUCCCGUCUUACAUACGAUAACGAUUUGCGAAAAGAUAUCGUCGCCAGACUAUAGAUACCGAUACGGUCGCUUAGCCAUCGAGCACGUGGAUUACUCGGGCAUUUUGACAUAAAUAACUACCGAUAAUUAGGCAAUCCAGCCGACUAUAAGUAUAGGCGCUCGUCACGUGCGCCUUCAGUCGCGAGAUUUAUAAUCUUAGUUCACUUCUGCACCAGACAUUGUGCACGGAAGUGAGAAGUUUCUUACGUCAUAACUGCAUCCUCAUUAUUCGGACCAGCUUAAACGGACGAAUUAACAGUUGAUCGUGUCGCUUGCGAAGAAACACAUUUGAAAUCGAAGAUGCCUCCUAAUCAGACCCGUUCAACGUGGCGUCGUUCUAUCCGACGUAAAUUAGCCUUGAAGAGAUCCACUUCAACGUCACAGUGCUGCAAGGUGUCCUGUCGAGCCGGUCUUCGGUCCGCGAAAUCCAUCAAAAGGCGAUUGAACAAACUUCACAAAAAUAAAGAGCAGACCUGUCACCACAAAGGUGUCAGUGGUCAAUCACCGGUUGAUUUAGCGCCAACCGACGUUGUACAUAACGAAGAAUUUCCACCAUUGCAAAUGACCGGGCACUGGACUCCACUCGGUAGCGCGCACAUGUACAACACCGGCAAUACAGCUGAAAUUAGACUGAGUCUGGACCGACCACCGGCGAUAUUAUCCGGAGGACCUUUGAAAGAUGAAUUCGAAUUCGCGCAGCUCCAUUUUCAUUGGGGGCCGAGCAACUGUCACGGUGCUGAACAUUCCUUGAACGGAAAGCUUUUUUCAAUGGAGGCUCACGCCGUUCAUUUCAACAAAAAAUACGACAGCAUUGAAAACUGCUUGGACAAACGUGACGGUCUGGUGGUAGUCGGGUACUUUUUAAAAGUCGUCGGUGACGACAGAACCGUGGAUCACCCGCAGUUUGCAAAAAUUACCAACGAACUUCACCACGUAGUCGAACCAAAUACCCAGGCCGAGCUUCCGCACGAUGCUCUGGCUUGGAUGAAGCAAGGUCGUUGUCUGUGCAGUGGCUACUACACGUACCAUGGUUCUUUGACUACGCCACCUUACAACGAAUGUGUCACCUGGAUUCUGUUCCCGGACCCCAUAAGGAUAACGAAAAGACAGGCUGAACUAUUCCGCAACAUGAAGUCUCAUUCGGGGGGUUGCAUCACGGCAAAUUUCCGUCCAGUUCAAGGUCUCAACGGACGACGUGUGUUAUACGCGAUGAUCGAUGAUCGUAUCUGUGUUACACGUGGUUCUGAAGCCGGCAACAAACAAUCGGGCCAAUCCCCGAUAAAUUUGGAGGAAGAAAACGCUGUGGGAAUCCAACUUCCCCCACUGGUGAUGAGCGGCCACUGGAAUCAGGAUGGCAGUACGUGGCUCGUGAACACCGGGACCACAGCUCGGAUAACCCUCGGAAGCGACAGACUUCCGGCAACAAUUCGCGGAGGUCCUUUAGGCGAAGACGUGUAUCAGCUGGACGAAGUUGUAUUUCGUUGGGGUGCGUCGGAUUGCAUGGGGGCCGAGCAUACCUUGAACGGUACAUGGUUCACCAUGGAAGCCCAAGCGAUACAUUGGAACUUGCGUUAUGGUUCGAUAAAAAAUUGCUGGGACAAAAAGGACGGGAUAGCGAUAUGUGCCUACUUGCUACAGGUCUACCAUCUCCCUCCGUGGUACGAACAUCCCCUGUUCAUCAAAAUCACCGACAACUUACCCGACGUUAUCCAACCAGAAGUAUCCGUAAAAAUCGCUCCAAAUGCGUUGGCCUGGAUGAGACAGGCCUGUCAGACACUCGGAUAUUACACAUAUCAGGGUUCGAUAACGACCAGCCCUUAUCACGAGUGCGUUACUUGGAUAGUAUUCCCAGAACCUGUCAGAAUAUCGGAGCAUCAAGCGAAAAUGUUCCGAACUUUGCGCAACAAAUAUGGUAGUUCUAUUCGUGAGAAUCAUCGGCCCGUCCAACAGCUCAACGGUCGUCGUAUUUAUUACGCUAGUUAAAUGUCCCACCACAUCGAAUGACGAAGAAUAUUGAACUUUGCUUCGAUUGAAAUGAGAUUUUGGAUGUGUUCAAAUUUCAUCUACUCUCACAGUCCCUGUUUGUAAUAUACCAAUUGUAAUCCGGAACACGAAUGUUAAAAACAUUUUGAUUGUCGAACCGAAGUGAGAAAUUUUUUUGAAAAUUUGAAAAAUCAAUUUUUCAAUGAUCCCUCGAUAUUCCGUAAAUCAAUGAAUUUUAAUAAUCCUACGGAAUUACGGUUUACAUGGCCGACUAUACGAACGGUACAUCGCAAUAUUAUUUCGAUACAGUUGAGUGUCUCGAUUUGUUUUUCUGAACAACGUGUUGUAAACACAAUUCCGAGACUUUACAUCUAGGCUUCGGGCCAUUUGCUCGCCAGACUCGAUGAGGUGAAGGUCAAUAUCGCCCGAUGGAGAACUACGCAUGAAAUUUGUCCUCCUUUGAUGUUCGGGCGUUUUUCAUAAUAAAUUGAUAAAACAGUGUUUGAACAAUCACGGACAGUGACUGAUAUAAAAACAGUGAACUUUAAUGUAUAAUAUGGUUUAUGAUCGUACAGUCUUAAGUUUUCGGUACAGAAAUUUUUACAAACUUCACAUUCGGUAUCUGCCAUUGUGGUCGUGGUCACCAACGAUUUUCACCUCAUUGGAACCAUUGAGGCAGCCCUCCAA